GCAACGUUUGGUAUAAAGCAUAAUCACUGUUUCCAAUUUUACUUUGCUUCGGUGUUGGGUUCAUCAAUUGUUCUCUCUCUCUCUCUCUCUCUCAGGUUGAAAGUUGGCUGUCUGCGUUAUUUAUCUACCACCUAAACUAUGUUUUUCGACGGAUACCAUUACCAUGGAACCACCUUUGAGCAGACUUACCGUUGCUAUCCUGCGUCUUUUAUCGACAAGCCCCAAAUUGAGAGUGGUGACAAGAGUAAGACUUUUUCUUUCUUUUCUCAUGUCUGUUUCCAGUCAAUUGUUACUAUUUUAUAUUAUUCAUGUUUCGAGUUUGACUUUGUGUUUGUUAAAAUCUAUUUCAGUUAUAAUGCCACCAUCAGCCCUUGACCGUCUCGCCUCUCUGCAUAUUGACUAUCCAAUGCUGUUUGAGCUUCGUAAUGCUGGAAUCGAACGUGUUACACACUGUGGAGUCCUUGAGUUCAUUGCUGAAGAAGGCAUGAUUUACAUGCCAUAUUGGAUGAUGCAGAAUCUGCUGCUGCAAGAAGGAGACAUUGUGAAAGUCAGAAACGUCACUCUUCCAAAGGGAACCUAUGUUAAGCUACAGCCGCACACCACGGACUUCCUGGAUAUAUCUAAUCCGAAAGCCAUAUUGGAGACUGCUUUGAGGAACUACUCAUGCUUAACCACUGGGGAUAGCAUAAUGGUUCCAUACAACAAUAAGAAGUACUUUAUAGAUAUAGUUGAAACAAAGCCUGCUAAUGGGAUCAGCAUCAUAGAGACGGACUGUGAGGUUGAUUUUGCACCUCCCCUUGAUUACAAGGAGCCUGAACGUCCCAAAACAGCACCUGCUGCAGCUAAGGGUCCGGCAAAAGCAGAGGAAGUUGUGCCUGAACCUGAGCCAAAGUUCAACCCUUUCACGGGAUCUGGAAGACGGUUAGAUGGGAGACCUCUUUCGUAUGAGCCGCCACCUGCAUCUUCUUCCUCCUCCUCUAGCUCAAAAGAUAAACAGCCUGCUGUUGCUAAUGGGAAUGGACAGGCUUCUGUAGCAAGUGGUAGCUCUGCUCGACAGGCUCAAGGAAAGCUUGUGUUUGGAGGCAACGCAAACCGUGCCCCAAAAGAAGCUCCAAAGGUUGGAGCUGGAAAAGAGACGAAAGCAGAGGAAGAGGAGAAGAAAGAAGAGCCUAAGUUCCAAGCUUUCACUGGGAAGAAGUAUUCGUUGAGGGGUUGAUCAGUCUCUGCUCAGUUUAUUUUAUGAUCCUCUCAUGUCGUGUACUAUAUAAGUAUUCGUUGUACUUCGAAUCAAAUAAUUUAAUAAAUUCAUUGCUUGAUA